GGUCGUCUUCAGAUGCAUGACCUAAUCAGAGAUCUCGGAAGGGAAAUUGUCCGAGAGGAGAAUUAUCUGAAUGCAGGAAGUCAAAGCAGGUUGUGGGAUUCCAAUGAAUGCCUUCGCAUACUUCGUGAACCGGUAUGGUUAAGUUACUGAUACAUAGUAAAACUGCAAAUUCCUUGGUAAAAAAGUUGACAGGAAUUUCUGCGUCUGAUGUUAAAGUUCACUGAUGGUUGUUAUCUUUUUGUAGAUUGACUACCAGCGAAUGAGCACUGUUGAAUCACUUAGGUUACAAUUCCCUGAGGUACAGACGCUUUCAAGUCAGGAAUUUGCUGCUCUCCCAAAGCUAAGGUCACUUCAUGUCGACGCGGUGAAGUUCACUGGAGAUUAUAAGAAUGUUUUCAGAGAAUUGAGAUGGCUAUGUUGGGAUCGUUGUCCUGCAGACUUUGAUGCGACCAAUUUCUUUCCGAGCAAUCUAGUCGUUCUCAAGAUUUCUUAUAGUGAACUUGGAGAUGAUUGGCCUGGAUGGCACCAAAUCACGAAAUCAUCAAAGUUGAAAGUACUGAAACUUGAAGAAUGCAGCCGCUUAACUAGAUUGCCCUUCCUCUCUGCCCUCUCGAGCUUGGAAAGAUUGAUUGUACAAAAUUGCCAAAGCUUGGUUGAACUCGAUGAAUCGAUUGGUAAGCUAGUGCAAUUAAAUUACUUGGAAAUUGAUGGGUGCAAAUCUCUGAGAGAGUUGCCCGAAGAAGUCGCUUGUCUGAAGGCUUUGAAGGAGCUGAUAAUUAGAGGGACAGUACUUGGUCCUGUUGGUUCGUAUCUUCCCCCCUCACUCGGUAAUCUGCAGUCUUUGACAAGGCUAGAGAUGGAAAGUGUCGGCAUUAGCGAACUUCCACACACAAUUGGAGAGCUAAAGGAUCUUAAAAUCUUGUGUUUGUCCAGAUGUUAUGAGCUAAGAAAGCUUCCAGACUCAAUUGGGGGAUUGGAAUCACUAGUUGAGUUGGAUCUGUCUUAUGCCAAAGUAACAGAACUACCUGAGUCGAUUGGAUUCCUGAGCAAUUUGAAGGUGAUAAGGGUAGAUCAUAGUGGGAUAAGCAAGAUCCCAGUGACUAUACGCAUGAUGGAGAAGCUUCAAGAAUUUCAUGCUGAAAAAUGCUUGAAGUUGGAGGGAGAUAUUCCUCGUGGAAUGGGGAGUCUCUCCUUUCUGAAAAUCCUGAACUUAUCCGACACUCGCGUUCGAUCUGUGCCCACAACAAUCAACCAGCUUUCUCAUCUCCAGGAACUCAAUUUGAAAGGUUGCCAUGAGCUUAGACAAAUCCCGGAGCUUCCCCCCAGUUUGAUUAACCUGUAUGUCGAGUCUCGCUCGCUAAAGACAGUCCCGGACCUCUCAAACCUGACCGGUUUAGUCAACCUAAUUGUAUCUGACUGCUGUGAUGAAUCUCUUUCUAGCCCAUGGGAUGCCGAUUGUGUCCAAACUCCAAACCUGAAGUGGGUUGGGAGGUUGUCUAGACUGGAGACGCUGAAACUGGUUCAUAAAAGCAUCACUGCACCACCGGUGGAGUUAGCUUCGCUUCCUGGCCUGGAGCAAUUGGUUCUGUCUUGUUUUGAACUACAAUCACUCACUCAGCCGCUUCCUCCCACGCUGUCCGUGUUGAAGCUUAUAAACUUCAACUCAUUGGCAGAAUUAUCUCCCCAUUCUGACUUGAAAUAUUUGUCAAGUUUGGAGCUAUGUAAAUCGUGGCUGAUGGAAAUUCCACUCAAUCGGUUUGGACAAUUGGAGAAUCUGAGGGAACUGACGGUGUCGAACUGCGCUUUUCUUGGGCGGUUGUCCUGUCUGUCAGGCUUGAAGAAACUCAGAGUGCUGUGCUUGUUGAACUGCCCGAAGCUAGUUGAGAUCCAAGAUCUCGUCGAACUGGAAUCACUGGAAGCUAUAAGGAUCGAGCAGUGCUGUUCCCUGGUAAGGUUGCCUAAUCUCUUGAAUUUGAAGAAGUUGAGGGCCAUGGAAAUCAGAUUCUGCAGAUCAUUACCGAGUUUGCCUUCUCUAUCUCGGGUAGCUUUUGAAGAUUGUCAUCUAGUAGUUGACGGGUGCGAUAAGCUAGCCAACCACAACGGCCCUUUUUGGCUUCACAAGUACAGAAGGCAAUGUCCGAACCCCCGUUCGCGCCUAUGAGUUGGAGAAUAGAGAACACUCGCCUUGUCCCGUUUGCUUGUACUUUCUCUUUCCUUCUAUUUCCCAGGUUGUGCUCUUAUUUCUUCUUGACUUCCCAGUUAGCAUCCUCUGGAUUGACAGAAGAUGCUAACGCGUGUAAUAAGACAUUACAUAUGUAUGAGCAGUCUAGUGAUUUCUCUCUUUA